AUGAACGAAACAAUGACAUUUCCCAACACUUCCGCAGUCCCCAAGCUCACUUGCGCCGAGGAAUUUCUUGUUUGGCGCUCGCUCGUCACCAUGCACUUCUCGCCUGAUCUUCUGGACGACUCCGCCGUUGAUAUGCAAGCGCGCCAUAUCAUCCUCACCACCGUCGACAUGGCCAUAGCUCGGUAUCUGGUCCAACUGAAAACCGCCAAGGAGAUGUGGGACGCACUGCACGGAGUCUACAACGACGCCGCUACGUGGUCUGAACCCUGCCUUGACGAGGCUACGGAAGACCUUCGACAAUGGUACAAGCUGGAUCCGGGCGAGUUCAAAUCCUUCGAUUCGUUCAUUUGGGCCUACUUGCGCGAGUUUCAGAGGUUUCGCAACGACGGAUCGAUAGAUGGCGAUGAGGAGGCCAUGAUCAUCCUCUUGGAAAAGCUGGUCGAGCUGUUUCCGAGAGCAGAUAUCUUCCAUCGGAACAUUGAACAAAUCAAAAAGGGUACUUGCAACAAAGAGACACUCCCGGAGUUGAUUGGAUGGCUUUAUCUCCACCAUCGCGACGGCCUCUGCGAAAGUUAUGGAUGGGAGAACUGA